UGUCACGUGACGAACACGGAAGCGCUCUUUGUCUAUCACAAGCCAACCAGUCGUGGCCGUGUAAACUAUGCCUCCAUGGCGCAGGUUCGGACUCCUUUGAGCUGGGGUUUGCUGUGGCUAGCUGUCGGAGUUCUUCCGGCUCUCGUUUCAGCAGAGAAGCAGCGACUGGAGCUGAGUCUGAACGGAAAAUGGAGGCUGUCAAACUCCAACGGGUCGCUGCUUCUGCCUGCGGAGGUACCUGGCUGCGUUCACUCCGCCCUGCGGCGGCAGCAGUACAUCCAGGACCCAUAUUUCAGGUUUAACGAUGUUUCGUACCGAUGGAUCGCCCUCGACAACUGGACGUAUACGACCACAUUUACUGCGUCUCCUCAGAUACGGGUCAAACAGAAGGCGCUGCUCGUCUUCGACGGCGUGGACACAGUCGCGUCCAUCUCUCUUAACGGGGUCGUCCUGGGGAAGACGGACAACAUGUUUCGCAGAUAUGACUUCUCCGUCAGAGAUCUGCUGAAAGACGGCGAGAACGUUCUGGAAGUGGCUUUCCUUUCUCCGGUCCUGUACGCCGCGGAGCGGCGGAGCGCUCACUCUUCCUACGCCGUUCCUCCCGAAUGUCCGCCAGACGUCCAGAAAGGCGAAUGUCACGUCAAUUUCAUUCGAAAAGAGCAGAGCUCCUUCAGCUGGGACUGGGGGCCUUCCUUUCCCACCAUGGGCCUUUGGAAAGGAGUCCGACUGGAGGCGUUCGACAUCCUGCAGCUUAUCCAGCUUUCCUCUCUUCCUCUGUACAAUCGCAGCUCGUCUCAGUGGACGCUGCAGGUGGAGCUUCUGGUUGACGCAGCUCAGUCGUUCCGCGGCGAAGUAGAAAUCUCCGUAUCCGAGCUGAACUCAAAACGAGCUGCCCCGACGACGUUCCUCCAGGGAAAGUUCAACUACAACUUCACCUUAAACAUCAACCAGAUCAGAGAGGUGAAGCUCUGGUGGCCCAGUGGACUCGGCGAUCAGCCCGCUUACCUGCUCACUGUCAGGGCUUUUCUGGGGAAGUUUCUGAUCCUGCACAAAGAGUCCAAGGUGUUUUUUCGCACUGUGGAACUCAUCCAGGAGCCCGUCGUCGGAUCCCCGGGCUUGAGCUUCUAUUUCCGCGUCAACGACCGACCCGUUUUUCUCAAAGGAUCCAACUGGAUCCCAGCUCACUCCUUCCAGGACCAAGUGACACCAGCAAGCUUGAGAAACCUGCUGCAGUCGGCUGUCGACGCCAACAUGAACGCGCUGCGGGUCUGGGGAGGAGGCGUGUAUGAACAGGACCUGUUCUAUGACAUCUGCGAUGAGCUGGGCGUCAUGGUCUGGCAGGACUUCAUGUUCGCCUGUGCCAUGUAUCCCACCGAGGACGACUUCGUUCAGACGGUGAGAGAAGAGGUGGUCCAGCAGGUGCAGCGCCUGAAGUCGCACCCUUCCAUUAUUAUUUGGAGCGGGAACAACGAAAACGAAGCUGCCUUGGCGACGAACUGGUUCAGCAUCCCAGCUUCCCUAAAGCCGACCUACGUGAACGACUACGUGACUCUUUAUGUGAACAACAUCCGGCAGAUCGUCCAGCAGGAGGACCCGAGUCGUCCGUUUCUCGUCUCCAGUCCGACCAACGGGGCUGAAUCGGAGCAGGAGGGCUGGGUGGCAGCGAACCCGUACGACCCCCGCUACGGAGACGUUCACUUCUACAGCUACGUCCUGGACUGCUGGGACUGGAAGACGUUCCCCCGGACGCGCUUUGCCUCCGAGUACGGCUUCCAGUCCUGGCCGUCUUUCUCCACUCUGCAGCCGGUUUCCGUGCAAGAAGACUGGAGCUACAGCAGCAAUUUCUCUUCCCACCGUCAGCAUCACGAAGACGGGAACCGCCAGAUGUUGCAGCAGGCCGCUCUUCACUUCAUCCUGCCCAACUCCACAUUUCCCCUGAAGAGAUUUACAGACACUCUGUACAUCACUCAGGUCAUGCAGGCCGAGUGUGUGAAGACGCAGACAGAGUUCUACCGGAGGAGUCGAAGUGAAAUAAUUGAGGGCAAAGGUCACACAAUGGGCGCCUUCUACUGGCAGCUCAACGACAUCUGGCAGGCGCCGUCCUGGUCAUCAAUCGAGUUCGGUGGGAAGUGGAAAAUGUUGCACCACUUUGCUCAGAACUUCUUCGCCGCCGUCCUUCCUGUGGGUUUCGAAGACGACGACACGCUGUUGGUCUACGCCGUCUCUGAUCUGAGUCGUGACCUGGAGCUCAGAGCUGUGGUCACAGUGUACUCCUGGGCUGGCCUGGACUCUGUUUGCACGUUGACAUCAAACCCGCUGCUGGUGUCCGGAGGCGGCGCUGCCGUCAUUUACAAACAGUCUGUUGCCGCCCUGCUGGCUGGGUGCGGUCACUGCACCCGCCUCACCUGCCUUCUCACCUUCCACCUACAAGAUGAAGGCGGCGCGCAGCAUGGCCCAACCAACCGCCACUUCCUCUGCUCACCCAAAGACGCCGUGGGGCUGCAGAGACCCAACAUUACUGCGAAGGUUCAGGAGGACGAGUCGGGCUUCGCUGUUACCCUCCACUCCGCCGCCGUGGCUCCUUUCGUCUGGCUGGACGUGGGAAACGUCCCCGGUCGCUUCAGCUCCAACGGCUUCCUGAUGGUUACAAGAAACGCAACCGUCAGGUUUGAUGCCUGGCGAGCCACCAGUGUGGGAGAACUGUCCGGAUCGCUCACAGUCACAACUUUAACGGACGUUUACUGAUCUGAGAGAGCGAGAGCCUCCAGUUUAGAGCCUUUGCUGCUCUAAGAUGUUUCACGCUUGUGGGACUUUUGAAUGUGAUGUUUUUAUCUUCUUUUCUUCUUUUUUUUUGUUUCCUAAGCCUACUGAAACAACAAAGAUAGGAUUAUUAGUAUUUGCUACUUUUGGAACAGGGUGAGGCUCUGCAUGUGGUGAGCAGCUGAGUAUCUCAGGGAUGUGAGUUUUUACAGUACAUGAAGCAUUCAUACUCCCAGAAUUUGUCAAAGGUGCCGUAAUGCAGAAUGACUUGCAUUUUGGUUUUUUUGGUUUUUUGCUUGAUUUUGCACAUUUUUUGUCAUAUCAGACUCUUGAUUCCUCCCACCAGGAAUGUUUUGUACCACAAACAUUUAACAAUUAAAUUUAAAGAUCGUAAAAGUA